CCUAGGUUUUUGGAGGCAGCGAACUUUUCCCUCAGGUUUUCUCUUUGGCUUAGGCGCCUCUUUCUUCUUUGUUACCUAUUUCUACUCCUCUUUUUUGCCCUUCUUGUUCAUCUUUGUGUUUUUUCCUUUCAUUUUGGCUCCAUUUUUUCAAAUUUGGUUUUAGAUUUGUGGAAUGAAUUGUUAAAAAGGCUAUGGAUGGUUUUAGGUGGGCAAUGACUAGAUAGAGUGGUGUGGUUUGGUAGCUCAUUUUCGAUUUGGAGAUGGCAGAUGAUGAAAUUGGAACAUUGCUCAGUUGGGUUCGCCUUGCAGAGGAUGAAGAUGGCAUUCUUCCCUUGCUCUCGGUUUGGAAACCAGAUGAUUCCAAGGUGGAAAAGCUAUGGUUGGCGAGAAAGAUUUUCUUCCGAAAAAGGAUUAAGUUGAAUGGUCUCCAAAAUGCUUUAAUGGUCUCAUGGAAUCCUAGGAAAGCUUUCACUAUUUCUAAAAUCGAGGACAAGAUCUAUCUCUUCCAAUUUUUUGAUAUUGAGGAAAAUAGGAAUGAAAGGACCAGGGAGCAUUCGGUGCUGGCUGGAAUAAUAGCUAAGCAAAUAGAGGGGUAUAAUGAUACUGUUGAUGGAAUAAUAAGUGAAACUGCAGUUGAACCAACUCAGCCUCUUGCUGUUAUUGUGGGAGAAAGGUAUAUUGCAAGCAAUAUGGAUAGGACUGAUCUUUUCCUAGUUUUGAUGGAUGAUCAAUUAGUGGAGAGCAUUGUAGUGCUUGGAGACACUACAUCACCAAGUCCAUUCUCCUAUGCUAGAUUGGGUGGCACUAUAGAUGUGAUUGCUAGUAGCGUUAGUAACCUCUAGCGCACUCUUUCUUUGUGAUUACAUAGUUGAAUUGAUAUCUCUAUUUUUUUUUUAUAAAUGUAUUGAUAUCUCUAUGACAAAUACUAAUAUUUAGAAGUUCUCAGUUUUUAAUUGUCUUUAUUUGUAUAGAACAUUUAGCUCUAUAUGUUAGUGUCAGAGGUCUUUCCUAGCUUUUCUUUUAACUAUUCGGCUUAUAUGAUAAGGUAUAGUUUGUAUUGUAAUUAUUUUUCAAUUAUGAAUACAAUUAUACUUCUUAU